UCAGAAUGGGGGUAGAAAGUGGUGAAAGUGCUGGUCUUCACACACAACACUCUCUAGUUAACACUCCUGUUAAACAAAAUAAUCAUUUUCAACAGGCAGUUUGCUGUUUAAAUCUGGCAGAUGAUAAAAGAAACAAACAUGCACUGACACCCGGAAACACCUCAGGACUGAAACCGGCGGUUUGGUUUUAACAGCAACAGAGAGAGAGAGAGAGAGAGAGAGAGAAAGAGCACUGAUUUUACCAAAGCUUCACAAAAUAGACUCUAGGAUUUUAUCCAAGUGUGUUCUUGAAAUGGAAAGUCAGAAGCAGGUGAUUGAGAGACUGAGGGCUGCGUUCCGGUCCAACAUGACCGUUCCCCUUCAUUUCCGUCUCACUCAGCUGGAAGCUCUGCUGUCUUUACUAGAGGACAAUGAGGCACAGAUCUUAGAGGCACUGCAUAAAGACCUCACCAAGCCCAAGUUUGAGGCAGUGCUGUCAGAAAUCGACAUGGUGGCCAAUGAGAUUCGUUAUACCAUCUGUAACUUGGAAACCUGGUUGCAGCCAAGCUAUGUGGGAAAAAACUUGGCAACAAAACUAGAUGAUUGCUUUGUACGCAGAGAACCUUUAGGGGUUGUUUUGAUAAUCGGCGCAUGGAACUAUCCUCUCCAGCUCAUUUUAGCACCACUGAUUGGUGCUAUUGCUGCAGGCAACUGUGCUGUUCUGAAGCCUUCAGAAAUCAGUCAAGCAACUGAGCGACUCCUCUCAGAGCUAAUACCAAAGUACCUGUCUCAGGAGUGCUUCGCUGUUAUUUGUGGAGGAGCAGAGGAAACCAAAUUAUUGUUGCAGAACAGAUUUGAUCACAUUUUCUACACAGGCUCUCAGGCGGUGGCACGGAGCAUCCUGCAGGCAGCCGCAGUGCACCUCACCCCCGUCACGCUGGAGCUGGGCGGAAAAUGCCCGUGCCUCAUUUACGGCGGCAUAGACAUCAAGGCUGCUGCAAAGAGGCUUGUAUGGGCCAAGUUUUUCAAUGCAGGGCAGAGCUGUGUGGCACCAGAUUAUGUCCUGUGCACAGCAGAGAUGCGAGAUGCACUGAUUCCCGGGAUUGUAGAAGCAUUGGAGAGCUUCUACGGGCCUCGGAUUCAGGAGAGCCCAGACUAUGGCCGAAUUGUCACAGAUAGACACUGGAACAGACUCAUGGAGCUCCUGGGGAAGUCUCAAGGAAAGGUGGUUAUAGGUGGAGAAGGCGUGAAAGACGACAAAUACAUUGAUCCCACAGUGAUUGUGGACUUGACAGAAUCGGACGCUCUAAUGCAAGAGGAAAUUUUUGGCCCCAUUCUUCCCAUCCUCACUGUGGAGUCUAUAGAGCAAGGCAUCCGUUUCAUCAAUGAGAGAGAGAAGCCAUUGGCGCUCUAUGUUUUUUCUGAUCAGUCUCAGGUGGUGAAGACAGUAUUAGAGCAAACCACCAGUGGAGGGUUUUGUUCAAAUGAUGGAAUAGUUCACAUGACACUUCCUGGUUUGCCUUUUGGAGGAGUAGGUGCAAGUGGGAUGGGCAGUUAUCACGGCCGCUGGGGUUUUGAGACUUUCAGCCACAGACGGGCGUGUAUGCUGCGAGGCUGGGGACUCGAGCGCAUCAGCAUGUUACGGUAUCCACCAUACCAAGAGACGAGCCUGGGCUGGCUGCGCUGGGCCACGCAAACCAAAAAGAAGGGCUGGGGAGGAUGCAGUGUCAUGUGACUUUUGUCCUGUUUGCUGUAUGGCUUUUAACAGUAACUCAUUUUCUUGCUUGGUCAGUGGUAAGAAAGCAAGCACACAAGAACAAUGCAAGAAAUGAAUGCUAUGCUGUAUCCUGUGGAGUUAAAAUUAUACUUUUUCUUUCUUCUCUUAGUUAAAACACUACUUUCUACUAGAUAACAGUCUUUCAAUGGUAAGGCACACUGCAUUACUGUGUUACAAAUAUGGAACUGCAGUCAGGAUAUUUGUGUCCCAUUUACUGUCCCAAUUAAAGUAAAUGUUACAUAUAUUCAAACUAAUGUUACAUAUAGCAACAUGUAAAUAAUCAAAGUACAUGAGUUUACAUUUGUGCCCUUGUGUGUUAUACGGUUAAAUUUCAAUUAUCCUUAAAAAUAAAACACAAUAAAAAUAAAAAUACACUUCA